AUCGAUGGCAUGGCCAGCCAACUCCAAACGGAAUCGCUCCUCCCAUCCUCUGCUUUCCCCAAAGGCCAGCUCCACCACCACCGCCACCGCCACUGCACCACCCCUCCUAUAAACCAUCGCCCCCCUCUAGGCGCCGCGCCCUCAUACGUCAACGGUCAGCAGCGAUGCAAAAGCGGCGGGCGAUCGAGGUCCGGCUGCAGCCGGGCGGCGACGGCGCGGCGCCCAAGUGGCGUAUGUCGCUGCUGGAGAACACGUUCAGCGCGUUCCUGCAGAGCGCCGAUGGCGCGGGGGCCAGGGCCGUGUUCGGGGAGGGGUCCCUGUUCAGCCCGUUCCUCUUCGGCAAGUUCUUCGACCCCGCCGACGCGUUCCCGCUGUGGGAGUUCGAGCCCGACGUGCUGCUCGCUGCGCUCCGCCGCGGCGCCGCGAAGAGCACCGUUGACUGGGCCGAGACCGACUCCGAGUACUACCUCAGAGCUGGCAUACCAGGUGGGUGUAGAUGCGACGUGGAGGUGAGCGGAGACGCCAUGAAGGUGAUCGACAUCAGCGGGCUGUGGCGGGCGUCUCCGGCCGACGGCCGGGACUGGCGCGCCGGCCGGUGGUGGGAGCACGGCUUCGUCCGGCGGGUGGAGCUGCCGGAGGACGCGGACUGGCGGAAAGUGGAGGCCUACUUUGACGACGGCGAGGGGUCGUUGGAGAUUAAGGUGCCCAAGUGCGGCGACGCGCACCAGGUCACCGCCUGAGAAUCCGAACCUCGCCGCGUGAUUGGAGGAGAGCAUUGAUCCUACCUUUAUUCUUCUUCGAACAGUCGACAGAUAUGGAAAAAGACGGCGUAAUCUUGAUAAAAUUUUGCAAGAUAUGGAGACGAAAAAAGGAGCAAAGAUCAUUGCAUGUUACAUAUAUGCAAAUCCCUGAAACGAUGUAUGUAAUUUGUUCUUCGGUGUCAACUGUUAAAUUUAAUUGGCUAAUUAGCAGUGUCA